AUGACCACAGUUCAUAUCAUCGACGUCGAAAGUGGGAAUCUGCGUUCGUUGGUAAACGCCAUUGAGUCUCUUGGCUACAAAGCCAAACUAAUCAGAAGUGCUGAUGAUCCAGAGCUGGCUGCUGCUGAAGUUUUGAUGCUGCCCGGUGUGGGAAAUUUUGGCCAUUUCGUCGACAACUUGACGUCUAGAAAACUCGAAAAACCUAUCAGAGACUACAUUGCUUCGGGAAAACCUAUUAUGGGAAUUUGCGUGGGUUUGCAGACAUUUUUCAAGGGCUCAGAAGAAUCGCCAAAAAGCCAGGGCUUGGGAUUUUUGGAUCUCAACCUCACUAAAUUCGACUCGUCAAACAAACCGGUGCCAGCGAUCGGUUGGAACACUUGUACCCCUCAGGAAAAGUUGUUUGGCAUCGACCCUUGCAACAGAUACUAUUUUGUCCACUCUUACGCGGCCUUGCUGGAUGAAGAUUCAAAAAAGGCGUUGAGCAGCGCUAGUUGGAACGUGGCAGUUGCCAAGUAUGGUUCGGAAGAAUACGUCGCUGCAAUUGCCAAGGACAACAUAUUUGCGACUCAAUUCCACCCAGAAAAGUCUGGCCACGCUGGACUGGCUAUCCUAAAAAGCUUUAUCGAGCAAAACCACCCUACUAUCCAACACUCAGCCCAGGAAAAUGCGCUGUUGCUCAACGACUACUCCAACUAUGGGCUAAGUCGCAGAAUCAUCGCAUGUCUGGAUGUUCGUGCCAACGAUCAAGGCGAUCUAGUUGUCACAAAGGGCGAUCAGUACGAUGUCCGUGAAAAAGAAGAAGGCGGUAACGUAAGAAACCUAGGUAAACCUGUUGAAAUGGCCAAAAAUUACUAUGAGCAAGGCGCCGACGAGGUAACGUUUCUGAAUAUUACUAGUUUCAGGGAUUGCCCGCUAAGCGAUACGCCAAUGUUGGACGUUUUGAAAAUGGCUGCUAAAUCGGUUUUCGUGCCACUAACAGUCGGAGGAGGCAUCAAGGACAUCACAGAUGUUGACGGAAAGCUGGUGCCUGCUCUUCAGGUAGCUACUCUGUAUUUCCAGUCUGGGGCUGAUAAGGUAUCGAUCGGAACAGAUGCUGUUUAUGCUGCAGAGAAAUAUUAUGAGCUGGGCGAACGUGGCGAUGGAACUUCACCAAUUGAGACCAUUUCAAAGUCCUAUGGUGCCCAGGCUGUGGUUAUUUCCGUGGACCCCAAGAGAGUAUAUGUGGAUGGACCUGAAUCAACAAAAAAUAAGACCUUUAAGACCAAGUUCCCUAACGGAAAGGGCCAAGAGUGGUGCUGGUACCAGUGUACAAUCAAAGGUGGAAGAGAAAGUAGAGAUAUCGGUGUAUGGGAGGUGACACGUGCCUGUGAAGCUCUAGGGGCCGGCGAGGUGCUACUGAACUGUAUCGACAAAGACGGUUCCAACUCCGGGUAUGAUUUGGAACUGAUAGAACAUGCGAAGGACGCCGUGAGCAUUCCAGUGAUUGCUUCCAGUGGCGCUGGAUCUCCAAAGCACUUUGAGGAGGCGUUUGAAAAAACUAGAGCUGACGCUUGUCUAGGAGCAGGCAUGUUCCACAGAGGAGAAUACACUGUGGCUGACGUCAAAAAGCACUUAUUGAACACCGGCUACAAGGUGAGAAUGGAUUAA